AUGCGGAAGAAAACGAGCAUCACGUUAGUCGAAAAGCGCCUACUUUAUCAGAUGCUAUGCUUUUCCGCACUCAACUUUUUUGAUCUUGUAAUGGCUCCAUUUCUCCUAUUAAUAUCAACUUUUUUUACUGGAUUUUACAUGCAAAUGGCGUUGUCUGAACUGAUGAACAUCGUGGACACUACGCUCUACACAUUUGUCCUUGGGGUGCUGAGUGCGAUUCUCUUUUGGAAACCAAAAAGGGCAACAAAGACCAUUCAAAUCUCCGUCACCACA